AUUGAUUAUCAAAAUAACAAACUAAAUCAGUCAAUAAUACUUAUAAGUUAGUAAUUAAUCUUAAUAAUGGGUUUUGAUAAGACCGCGAAACCGGAAAGUCGAUUUGGAGUUCGACAUUGGCAGGUGAUAAUGCUAUUCAUUGGCAUGGUGAUCAACUUCUUUCAGCGGGCCAAUAUCUCACCUGCGAUUGUGCCAAUGACACAGGCUACAGCCAAUGCUCCAUUCUAUGAUUGGGAUGUAUCCGAGAAGGGAAUCAUUCUGAGCAGCUAUCUUUGGGGCUACGUGAUUUCACCAGUGCCAGCCAGUUUGUUAGCCAAACGUUUUGGCCCUAAGCUUAUCCACAUUUUGGCCACCGGCUCAGGUGGCAUCUUGGCCUUCUUUUUCCCCAUGGCGGCCAAAAGCGGCUGGGUAAGUGUGUGUGUACUGCGUGUUUUGACGGGUAUAGCUCAGGGUGCGGUUUAUCCAUGUCUGCACACGCUGGUGGCCAAAUGGGUGCCACGCACGGAGCGAGGAUUCCUCACAACUGCCAUCUACUCGGGAGCACAAUUCGGCACUGCAUUGAUAUUGAUGACCAGUGGGUUUGUAUUUGAAUCCACAAUGGGCUGGCCUGGUCUCUUCUAUAUCACGGGCGGACUCAGCCUAGCUUGGGCACUGAUCUUCUUCUGGCAGGGAGCCAAUGAGCCAGCAACAUCAAACAGCAUCAGCCAGGUCGAAAGGGACUACAUUGAAAGCCUAACGGGCAGCAACGAACGCAGCCAAUCCUUAAGUGUGCCUUGGAAAUCCAUCUUUAGUUCUGGCGCCUUCUAUGGUCUAUUGGCUGCACAUUGUGGCUUCAACUGGGGAUUCUAUAUGCUGCUUAGCGAGAUGCCCACAUAUAUGAACAGCGUGCUUGAAUUGAACGUGCGGAGCAAUGCACUGCUCUCCUCGUUGCCCUACUUUGCCAUGGGAGUGCUGUGCUUUGUGGUCAGUCCCAUCUCUGACCUGCUCAUCAAUCGGGGCACCAUCUCCAUAACAGCGGCCAGGAAGCUCUUCAACUCAAUUGGCCAGUGGGUGCCCAUGGGCUGUCUCAUUGGACUGGGCUACAUGACGGCAGAUGAGAGGACUGAAGCGAUUGUACUGUUGACCUUGGCUGUGGGAAUUAAUGCGGCUUGUUGUUGUGGCUAUCUGGUUAAUCACAUGGAUUUGUCGCCCAAUUUCGCUGGUCCUAUUAUGGGACUUACAAAUGGAGUGGCCAGCUUGAUAUCUAUAGUGGCACCUUUGCUGGUGGGCGUAAUCUUGACGGAUGAGAGAGAUUCGGCUCAAUGGCGAAUUGUGUUCCUUGUCACAAGUGGCGUAUACUUGAUUUGUAAUACGCUUUUCGUUGUGUUUGGCAAGGGCCAAGUGCAGCCGUGGAAUGAUAUGCCCAACCUGUCAAGGACGAGCACAAUUGCUGAAUCAACAAUACCCAAAGAGGGCACCAAGAAUCAUUCAACUUAAUUCUAACUUAAACUUAACCCACAUAGCAAAUUAUAUGUUUAUGAAUUCACUAAUUAUAUUUGUUAUGAUAGCUGUAUACCAUUAAGUGAUUUAUAUCAUAUUAAAUUUAGUUUAUAAGCAUUCUAUAUAAUCUAAAA